UCGAGUCUGAUUUCAGUUAAAACUAAGUGUUCAGUACGUUUAAUUUGUAAGUUCCUAAACUUUAUUUUCGUAAUCUCCAAAUUUUUUUCUUCCAUCAGUCUACACUAUACUAAAAACCAGCAACAAACAACAAAAUUCAACAGAAGAUCGAGUUUUGUCUCAGGUAAAGCAAGUACCACUUUUCCAAAUAAGAUCUCGUGUUCAAUUCCCUACCCCUUCCAUCAACCUGCUUUGUACUCAAAAAACUAGCAAUACGCAACAAAGCUAGCAGAAAAUCGAAUUUUAUCUCAGGUGGAACAAUAUCUCUUUUUCAGAUUCGCGCUAGCUUUUCUCUAGUCUCCUUUUCCUUGGCCUACCCUGUAGUCGAUCAAAAACUAGCAAUUAAUUAAAAAAAAAAUUCACAUGGAAAACUCCAACAAUAACAAAAACAAAAGCAGAUGGAUAGCAACAACAGCAAGUAUAUGGAUCCAAGCAUUAAUUGGAGGAGCCUAUACAUUCAGCAUAUACUCCCCUGCAUUGAAAAAAUCCCAAUCUUAUGAUCAGUUUACUCUUAACACUGUCUCAGUGUUCAAAGAUAUCGGCACCAAUGCCGGUGUUUUAUCGGGCUUAUUAUACAGUGCUGCCUCCUCGAGACGCCACCGGUCUGGUGUCCCAUGGGUGGUGCAUGCGGUGGGUGCAACGGAGGGGUUUUUGGGAUACUUUUUGAUAUGGUUAGCUGUUGUUGGAGUCAUACCUAAACCUCCUGUUCCUGUUAUGUGUGUUUUUAUGUUCCUUGCUGCACAUUCUCAAACGUUUUUUAAUACUUGGAAUGUUGUUACGUCUGUUCAGAAUUUUCCUGAUUAUAGUGGAACACUUGUUGGGCUUAUGAAGGGAUUUCUAGGACUGAGUGGAGCAAUCUUAAUUCAAAUAUUCAAAGUAUUUUUCAGCGGAAAUCCAAGCACAUACAUACUAAUGCUAGCAUUGUUACCAAGUAUAGUCUCAUUAUCCCUAAUGUCAAUGGUAAGACUAUGCCCAGAAAAAGGACCUGAUGACAAGAAACACUUAAAUGCAAUGUCCAUAGUUUCUAUGCUUCUAGCUGCAUAUCUCAUGAUCAUUCUCAUAAUGGAGGAUGUUUUCGUCUUCCCUCAAUGGGCGCGCCUUCUUGUCUUCGUACUCCUCCUACUCUUCCUCUCGUUGCCUCUAAAAAUCGCAAAUGAAGCAAAACUCAAAGAAAAAUCGCAACCACUUCUCAUAAAAUCCGAUCAGUUACCAUUCAGUUUCGAUUCAAAUCAGCCUGACGAAAAAGUCCUAGACGAAGAUCAAAACAACGAGUUAAUAUGUGAAGAAGUAAACAUGAAUCUCUUAGAAGCAAUGAAAAAUGUGAACUUUUGGCUUUUGUUUAUAGCAAUUCUAUGUGGAAUGGGAUCGGGUCUAGCUACUAUUAACAACAUGAGCCAAUUAGGCCAAUCGUAUGGAUACGACACAACCAGAGUGAAUACAUUGGUUUCACUAUGGUCGAUAUGGAACUUUUUUGGUCGGUUUGGUGCAGGAUACAUAUCUGAUACACUACUACGACAAAAGGGAUGGGCGCGGCCAUUAGUAAUGGCUAUCGCCCUAGGAGCUAUGACAAUCGGACAUAUAAUAAUCGGUGCAGGAUUUAUAGGAAAUUUGUACAUAGGAACUAUCUUAGUAGGGAUUUGUUAUGGUGCAUUAUGGAGCUUAAUGCCUACAAUUGCUUCAGAAAUAUUUGGGGUUUUACAUAUGGGAACAAUCUAUAACGCCAUUGCAAUUGGGAAUCCCUUAGGAACAUAUGUCCUAUCAGUUUGGGUAAUUGGGCAUAUCUACGAUGAAGAAGCUGCUCAAGAAGGUCAUAAUUCUUGUAUUGGUGUACGUUGCUUUAUGAUUUCCUUCUUUGUCAUGGCUUUUGUUAGUUUCUUGGGUUUUCUUGUUGCUCUUGCCUUGUUCUUUAGGACAAGGGUGUUUUAUAGAUUUGUUGUGUUGAGAAGACUACAUUUUUCACUAAGAAAGUAGCUAGCGCAAAAGGCAGGUUUAGGGAUUUUUAAGAAUCGAGUCUUGUUUCAGUAAAAAAAAUAGUUUCUUAUAAAGAAUAAUGACUUGGGUUCAAUUCUCGCUGCCCCUCCUAUGCUUACCCUAUACUAAAAAAGGAUCUUAUGGCCAAUGAUUCCACCCUCCAGUUCAAUGGAAACCUUUGAGCUUAGGUAGCUCAUCGGAGAGUAUGAAUUGUUGUAUAGGUUAUUUUUUAAACGUAUAUAAGACGGAUAUUUUAUCAGCAUUCUAUCUCGAAAGCAAGCUGGUUAGAGGUUAAUUUGUAUAUGAAUAAAUAUAGACGUAUGUACUAUUGUUUUAAUUAAUUAUUAAUGUGUAGAAAAGCUGUGCGA